CUUUGCGAGUCCAACAAGGCAUUCUGCUGGUUCACACAAGUCAGGAUUCCACUUGUGUGGCGAAGCGCCAUCGUGAAACUUCGAACUCCAUAAUCCCUUCACCUUCCCCUCGUUACCCCGUCACUUGUUCAGCCUCGCGCCAACGAAGGACGGAGAAACUCUGCUUGUCGAUUCGCCCCUUGACCCUCUUUCCAGUUAACCGGGAACUCUUAUACUUUUCUCGGUUGGAGGGUCCCAGUGUUUCGCUGCGCUCGGCGGAAAUUCUUUCUGGAGAUUCUUUUUUGCUUAAAUAGUUUCUUCCAGUCCUAGAGAAGCCCUAGUAAACUAUCGUAUUGUUAAAACCAGGCUAAAGCACUUCAUAAAUUAUCGGGAUUAUUUUCUCAUCAUAGCUAAAUGUCAGCAAUGGCUGUCGGAUGUUCAUUACUACUGUCAUAUGAACUAGGCGUUGUCAAUAACCAUGUAUGGCCAAAACCAUUGAAGGGCUCAGAAACGAAGGGCUAUUGUAAUUUUCCUGGCAUUUGGCUUUCUUCAUUCUCUUUGCAACAAGAUUUCUGGAGUGUUCAUGUUUCAGGCAGCAUACAAAGGAGAACAAACCAAAAUACAUAUAGCCACAAUUUCUUUAUUUGUCGAUGUUCUACCAUUUCAAGCAUUGUGCAGGAUAUUCCUAUUCUGAAAUCAACUACCCUGGCCUUGACUAGGUCAUUUAACAUCUUACUUGGAGGUUUUCUUCCUCUCAGAUUAGCUCCAGUAAUUGGAAUCAUCGUCUUUUCUGUAUGGGGUCUUGGGCUCAUGCUUUAUGGGAGGAAUAUCUUUCAAAAUGACAAUAAUUCUCAAAAGACUGGAACACAUUUCGCCUUUGACUCUUAUCUACAACCCUUACUAUUUUGGACUGGAGCAAUAUUGGCUUGCAGAACAAUGGAUUUUAUUGUUCUUCCAUCAAAAGCAAGCCAUGCUGUCAAGCAACGCCUUCUGACCUUUGUAAGAUCAUCAUCCACUGUGCUGACUUUCGCAUUUUGUCUUUCAUGCGUGAUUCAGCGGACUCAGAAAUUCUUUAUGAAGAAGAACAGCAGCUCUGAUGAUGCAAGAAAUAUGGGUUUCCAAUUUGCUUGGAGAGCUGUGUACACUGCUGUGUGGAUUGCUGCGUUUUCUCUGUUUAUGGAAUUACUGGGGUUUUCAACCCAAAAAUGGCUAACAGCUGGAGGUUUAGGAACAGUAUUACUGACCCUAGCCGGACGUGAGAUAUUCACCAACUUUUUGUCAAGUGUCAUGAUUCAUGCCACACGCCCAUUUAUUAUAAAUGACUGGAUCCAAACAAAGAUCCAGGGCUAUGAAGUUUCCGGAACUGUUGAGCAUGUUGGUUGGUGGUCUCCAACUGUUAUAAGAGGUGAUGACCGUGAAGCAGUUCAUAUUCCUAGCCACAAAUUCACAGUUACUGUUGUUAGAAAUCUUAGUCAGAAGACUCAUUGGCGUAUAAAAACCCAUCUUGCAAUCAGCCACUUGGAUGCUAAUAAAAUUAGUAACAUUGUAGCUGAUAUGCGCAAAAUUUUGGCAAAAAAAACUCAGAUUGAGCAGGAGAGGCUGCACCGUAGAGUAUUUUUGGAUGACAUAAACCCAGAAAAUCAGGCACUUUUGAUUCUUGUGUCAUGUUUUGUAAAGACUUCACGUUUUGAAGAGUACCUCCGUGUCAAGGAAGAGGUAUUGCAGGAUCUACUCAGAGUCGUAAGUCAUCACCGAGCCCGCCUCGCAACUCCAGUUCGCACAUUUCAAAACAUAUACGGCGAUGCCGUGCCAUCGUCGGACAACAUACCCCUUGCGGAGACCAUCUUCACUCGCCCCGGUGCCCCCAACCUCAUUUAACAGCACGACUGCUUGGCGGGGUGAAAGAUAAGAACACUGAAGUGAUUGAUAAAGAGAGAUAGUGGAACUUUUUGGAUUUUAGCACAGUGAUUGGAAAAAAUAUUACAUGAGGAUGGUGUUAUUGUUAGUAUUGUUAUGUUAUUUUGAUAAAAUAACACAUAAUACUAUUAAUAACACUUAAAUACUAUCAUCCGCAUAUAAAAUUAUAUUAGGACUCCUGAUGUAAUAUUUUCUAGUGUGAUUGAUGGCCCGAGUUAUUUUCAGGGGUUGGUGAAAUUGGUGCAUUGUAGACUAGAC